AGUAGCAUCAAGUUGAAUUUCUCGAGUUUACUUUUAUUUGUUUAUUAUUUAUUAAACGAUGAAUUUAUUGCCAAGAUCGCGUGAAGAGUUCGCGCAAACGGACUACUGGAAUGAGUUCUUCAAAAAACGCGGCGAGAAAGCUUUUGAAUGGUAUGGCGAAUAUCUGGAACUAUGCGAUCAGAUACACAAAUAUAUAAAGCCCGUCGACAAGAUUCUGAUGCUUGGUUGCGGCAACUCAAAGCUCAGCAUGGACAUGUAUGACACGGGAUUUAGGGACAUUACAAAUAUUGACAUCUCACCAGUUGCCAUUAAAAAAAUGAUUGAUAUAAAUGCACGAACACGGCCGGAUAUGAAGUUCCUUCAAAUGGAUGCAACAUCCAUGUCCUUUGGGGAUGAGAGCUUCUCGGUGGCUUUGGACAAGGGAACGUUGGAUGCGUUAUUUGUUGAUGACACGGCGGAUACGAAAGCUACUGUUGAGAGAUAUUUUAAAGAAAUAAUACGCACGAUGCGCAAUGGCGGGCGAUACGUUGGCAUCUCUCUGUUGCAGGAACAUAUUAUUAAUUAUCUUUCGGAAUUUCUGCCGCAAAAUAACUGCAUGUUGCGCAUUGUACACUGUCUGGAUGUGGAGCGUGCCAACAAGGAGAAGAAUACGGAUGAUUCUUUAUCUUUGCCAGUUUUUGUCGUGAUUGCUACCAAAUUCAGGAAUUUACCCAUGCCGAUUCUCGAGUUUGGAUUGGGCAGCGAUAAAAUGCAACGUUUCAACUCUUCAACGGAACUUAUUAAUGCUGUAAAGUCUGUACAAAAAGCGGCAUUGGUUUGCAAUGGUUUGGCGCGCUCAAGUAUCGCCGGUCAUAAUGAAGUAACCUUGGACCUGUAUCGUGCCACAGAAGAAACUCCUCGAUAUACACUACAUAUUAUGGAUCAGCCGCCAGCACGUGGUAUGGGCAAAUAUGCAGCAUUCAUUGUGCCACAAGGACGAGAGAUUGAGUGGCUCUUUGCAACUCCGGCAGGACGCAGAAAACUCCAGGCAUCAGCUAAAUAUCAACGUCUGGCUGUAGUUACGCUUCAUCGUGAUCAGGUUUAUAGCACACUGGACGAGGUCAAAAGUGAGCUGGCCACUAGCAUUACCAACCUGGCACCGGCGGGACUCACUGACCAAAUACCCUAUUUAUCACUCGGCUCAGAGGUUGGAAAGCGAGAAACGCUUAUUUCGGGAUUCUCUAAAAUAUCCGGUGAUUUUCGCAUCGAAGAGGUGGAAGCUGAUGGUAAAACCCUACGACGUCUCAUAUUCCUUAGCAAUCAGUUUGUGGUUCAGUCAGAGGCGCUGGUUAAAACGGUUAAAAUCAAAGGCAAAAAGAAUCGUAAGAAAAUAGACUUUGGUUACUUGGCAUGUCAGCAUCAUCUCUACAUGUCUGUGGGCGUUCAGCUGGCUACAUCGAUGCAGAGUCCCAAGAAGGAUGUACAAAAGGAUGUGCUUGUGAUCGGUCUUGGAGGCGGUGGUCUGUGCAGUUUUCUGCACUCCGCGUUGCCUCAGACUAGAAUUACGGCUGUGGAAAUAGAUCCUAUUAUGCUGGAAAUAGCUGAGCAAUAUUUUGAGCUCAAGCAGGACCCUCGCUUCCAUGUGGUCAUCGAUGAUGGCCUUGCCUUUGUAGAACGCUGUCGCAAUGAAGAUUUACAUUUCGAUGCUGUGCUUUUCGAUGUGGACAGUAAGGAUCUAUCGUUGGGCAUGAGCUGCCCGCCUAAAAGUUUUCUGGCCCACGACAUAUUAUUGCACAUAAAGGAAAUCAUCGGUCCCAAAGGAUUGUUCAUGUUAAAUUUGGUGUGUCGAGAUGAGACUUUGCGAUCAGAGGCCGUGGCAAAUUUGCAGCAAGUAUUUUCAGCCGUUUGUUGCUAUAAAUUGGAUGAAGAUAUCAAUGAGGUUGUUUACUGUGCCAAUGAUGAUAAAUACAAGACUGUCGAGCAAUGGAAGAAGCAAAUGGGCAGUGCAGGGCGUGGUCUUAACUGCGCCAUCAGGGAACAGAAAUUGGCCAAUGAGGACACACUCGAUGUAGCUGAUUUUUUAAGCGAAUUGAAAAUUGAAUAGCACAAUGUGUUUUUAAAUCAA